AUGGGUUUACAACCUUUAGAAUUUGGUGAUUGCCUCACCGACAGUCCGUUCUUCAGGGAAAGGCUGCAUGAACACGAAAAGGAAUUGGACAGAACGAGCAAAGCGAUUAAAAAUUUGAUACAGCACGGGAACAAAGUUUUGGAUGCUGCUAAACAAUUAUCUCUGGCUCAAAAACAGUUUGCAAAGGAUUUGACUGAUUUUAAUUUUGAGACCAUUAACAAUCAACAAACAGAUGAUGAACGAAUUAUUGCACGUUCCCUUCGAGAGUUUGGUAAAAUUAUUAUUUCUAUUGAAGAUGAGAGACAGGUUAUGUUGGACCUGGCCAGUCAACAGUUUGUGAAGCCUCUAGAAACAUUCCGAAAAGAAAAUAUUGGAGCUGCUAAGGAAGAGAAGAAGAUAUUUGACAAGCAGACGACCAAAUUCUGUCAGUCGUUAGAACGAUAUCUCAACAUGAAGAAUAAAGUCAAUGAAUCUACUCAGAAAGAGGCUGAUGCUACGUUAGAAAUGGAGAGACGAGGGUUUUAUCAAGCCUCAAUGAAAUAUGUUUUAAAAUUACACGAAGUUCAAGAGAAAAAGAAAUUUGAGUUUGUGGAAAUAUUAUUAGGGUUUAUGUACAGUUGGUUGACAUUUUAUCAUCAAGGACACGAGGCUGCCCAGGAAUUUAAACCCUUUAUGAACGACUGUCAACAUCGCUUGCAAAAGACACGAGAAAGUUUUGAGAGUACCAAAGAACAAGCAGAACAAUUGAUGAAUAAAAUGCUGGAGAAACCAAUGGAUCAAACUGGUACAAUAAAAGGUUUUACUAGACAAGGUUAUCUGUAUUUGAUGGAAAGAAAGGCACUAGGAACAACAUGGACUAAAUAUUAUUGUCAGUAUAAAAAAGAUACAAAAGAGUUUGUGAUGAUUUUAUAUAAUCAGUUAGGAGGGAAAGUGAGUCCUCCAGAGAAAAUGGUAUUGGACCAGUGUAUAAGGAGAGCGUCGGAAUCGAUUGAAAAAAGGUUUUGUUUUGAUGUUAUGGUAAAGGAAAAACAAGUCACAAUGACAUUUCAAGCAUUAUCUGAAGAAGAUAGAAGAUUAUGGUUAGACGCCAUGGAUGGCAAGGAACCAGUAACAUAUUUAGAUGAAGUUGGUUUUAGUUUUAUAAAGAAAUGUUUAUCUGCUGUAGAAACACGAGGGUUACAUGAACAGGGUUUAUAUAGAGUUGUAGGGGUGAAUUCCAAGGUACAGAAAUUAAUCAACAUAGGCUUAGAUCGUAAGAAAGCUGAUAAAAUGUCGUUUGAGGACCCCAGCGUGUGGGAAACUAAAACUAUAACAAGUGCUGUCAAAAACUACCUCAGAUCUCUACCAGAACCAUUGAUGGGUUUUAAAUAUCAUGAUGACUUUAUCAAAGCUGCUAAACAUGAAUCUAAGCGAUUAAGAAUUUUAGACAUUCAUAAACUAGUUCAUAAAUUACCUGAUGCUCAAUUUGAAAUGUUAGAAAUAUUAAUUGAACAUCUUGUCAAAGUAUCCAAUGAGAAUGAGAAGAAUAAAAUGACGGUGGCUAAUUUAGGUGUUUGUUUUGGGCCGACACUGAUGAGACCAGAGGAAGAAACCAUGGCAGCUAUUAUGGAUAUCAAAUUCUGUAAUAUUGUGGUAGAAAUUUUAAUCAACAAUUAUGAGGAAAUUUUUGGUUCUCAACCAGAAGAUGUUGAUCCAAGCAGCCGGAAAAAGUUACGGAGACAUUGGGAACCAGCGCAGAAGUCACCAUCGUCUGUGAACAGCACAUCAUCAUCUUCAACAACCAAUCUUCGUCACAAUACAUCCACUCCAUGGCUAGCACGUGCAUUAUAUCGUUGUAAAGCUGAAAAUGAUUCUGAAUUAUCAUUUGAACCUCAACAACUUAUUCAUAAUGUUCGGCCUUCACGAGAACCAGGGUGGUUAGAAGGAACAUCAUGUGGUAAAACUGGAUUAUUACCAGAGAAUUAUAUAGAAUAUAUAGACUGA